AUGCUGCUCUUCGGUGAUAGGAGCAAACAGCCUGCAGCAGUGGCCUGUAGCAACUUGUUCGUUGUAGCAAAUGCAGACCUGACGCCGAUCUCGUCUCGGAUCGGCGGCCUAGGAAGUGAGGGGACACCGAACCAGGCGAGCCUAGAACGCGGCUUUCAUUCCAGGUGCAUCUCGGUCGGGGGCGAGGACCGGGGUCGCAUUUUCUGUCCCCCAAUCUCAACUACCGGCAACCUUUCACCAUUGACAAAUGUCAAACCUAUCGCCGUCGAUAGGGCCAGUGGCUUGAUCUUCGCACGACGACGGCGACAGGGCCCAAAGCAAUCAACUCUCUCCACGGCUCCUGCCGCAGCGCGUGGAGGCGAGAAGAGCGCCGGUCUGCCGGUCCCCUAUCUGAUCCAACUCGCACCCUUCUGGGCACCCGUGGAGCUAUUGCAGAUGGGAAAGUGGAAUCACCCGCCUUACCUGGCCACGGCCGGCCUCGCCCCGUUGCAACAACACAACUUGGACGUCUUUGACCCGUCGUAUACCUCGCCGCCCUAUCCCAAUGCCCUCCCCCCGGCUGGAGCCCCGCGACCUACGAUGGCUACCAUCGAGCCACGGCUCAUUCACUUGCUGAAUGAGUCGACGGCCACGCCCAAACCACAUCACAAUGAACUUCCGCCGAUCAAAGGUCUAAGCCUGCCAAAGCCCUCGGGCCGCCAACAUCCUCCUCCGAUCGAACCAGAUGCCGGCCACCGGAACGGAGGGCCAGACAUCAGUGCGGCAGGCCAAUUGGCCUCGCAGUCUAUCCCUCCAUUGUUCUCCAUGACAGACGAUAGUCUUGCAAAUACGGCGACGUGGAAGGACACGAACUAUGGCACCGAGAGAAACCUGUUACACCACAUCUCCUCACAAGACCUGCGUAAGAUCUUGGAUGACACUACCGAGGCAUCAGAAGACCCAACGGCCAAGAAAAGGCCCGUCAAGGAAGACUUCGUACAGCUGCCCCAACCGCUGAAGAAGCAGAAGGCAACGUCGGAGGUUAGAUUUCCCCCCAUGAUCGUGGGGUUGGUCCAACCGCCCACGGACGCCGCUCUGUUCCCACCCAUCUCGUCUGCAUCAUUUGAUCACCGCCCACGCUCUGAGCCGCCAAAGUCUAUGGGCAUCAGCAAGCCUCCUGAGACCUUACCGACUACGGACGACAAAGCUGCAACGACCCAGCCGCCUGAUGCCGAGAAGACCCCAACAGGCAGGAUCAAGAGACGGGCGGCCAAACCGCGAAGAAAGUGGACGGAGGAAGAGACGAACCACCUGUUGUUAGGUGUUAGUAAAUACGGCGUUGGCAGGUGGACCGACAUCCUUGAAGAUAGGCAGUUCAAGUUUAACGAGAGGACUGCUGGUGACCUGAAGGAUCGGUUCCGAACCUGCUGUCCGGAAGAGCUCAGAGCCACAGCGAAGGCCAAACAGGGAGUCCAACAGGCCAGGCUGACGGCAGCGGCACCUGGCGUCAAGCCGAAGAAAGGUCUCAUGUCGGAGAACAUCCUGAACGAACCCAAGGAGCCCGCCGAGCCGGUUGAGCCUGUGGAGCCCGAACAAGCUUCCUCGACCCAGAACGACUCGGAUUCGGCGCCCAGGCAACGGAAGAGCCGUGCUCACCGCAAGAAGCUGGAAGACUUGGCUGAACUAGGGAUCAAGGGGCCGUUCAAGACAUCACAGCGUCGCAAUCGUCGGCCAUUCUCAGAACAAGACGACCGAGAGAUCCUGGAGGGAUUCGAGAUAUACGGCCCUCAGUGGACGAGAAUCCAGCGUGAUUCAAGAUUUCACCUUGCCAACAGGCAGCCCACGGACUUGAGAGACAGACUGAGAAACAAGUACCCGGAGAAGUUUGCCAGCACCGAAAAGACGGCAAUGCAGAUCAAGGAAGCGAGCCGAGGCAACAGCCUCCUGGAGCCCAGCGUUGACAUGACGAUUGGCCAUUCCUUGGAUAAGAACAAAUCAGCCUUGCUGGAACCGCAACUGAUACAGAAUAGCUCGAAAGAGGACAUGCCCAAGUGGCCGAUCUCUGCGAGCCUGAUGGAAACGGCUGAGUCUUCACAAGCUCCUUCGCAUGUCUUCUGGAAUGAAGCAGCUGGGACGGCAUUCCCGUCCGGUAGCAUCGGAGAGAUGGAUAUUUCGCGCCUGCUCCUUGACGACACGCAGAUUGCCCAAGAGCCGUCCUUGUCGGAAAAACGAGGUUUGGGGUGA